CCGCACUCGAGAAGUUCGCAUCCCGGCUCAUUCCGCUGAUUGGCCUGAAUCGAGAAUAGACAUGCAGCUUAGACGAGCGCCUACUCCCAAAGCAUAGAGAGCAAGUCAGGCACUAGAUCACUAGACACACCAUGGCAGCGCUCAGCUUUACGCCCGCGGGCAAAGAUGGGCCAGCUUGCUUCAAUGUACCCCAUCUGGCCUCGACAACAGGCUACCCACCUCCCGGAAGAUCGCUCAAGAAUCGUACCAUCUCUGCUGACGAUCUGCGACAACAGCGAAAGACCGCUGCCGACACUUUGACGGCCAAGGAAAUCAAGCCAACGCCCAAGGACUUUGUUGCCCCAAGGCACGCCUCGAGCCAUCUACUCCAUUCUAUCCCGACGAGAGGCAACACCUGUCGGCAAAAUAUAAUAGACUAUCUCAUACAUCUCAAUCUCGAGGCGCGGUUCGCGACGAUUGACGACAGUACUUCGCUUGUGAGAAGAGCCGAGCAGGCGCAUCGCGAACCGGAGAACCGCAAGCACGCUCAACACGAUGACCUCGUCAUCCCACCGCUUGAUAGUGAAAGGGCAGAUGGACUCGAGAAACUCGUCGAUGGAAUGCUGUCCGGCGGGCGACACCACAUCUUGGCUAGCAUAGAAGCCAGGCUACCGCCUGCGCCAGCCAGUCUGCUCAACUUGGGAGAGCAGACAGAGAUGCCGACGCAGCGGAGCAGCGCCUUACAUGGCGCGAAGCGAGGAGGACUCGUCUCUGCUACAUCAGAUCAAGGCAUCCUCGAAUUGGGAAAGCAUAUCGAGACCCGUUGGAGACUGGUCAAGAUACUCAAUGAGGUCUUCUCACCUACGACUGAAGUCGAUCAGGUCGUCAGCACCAGCGACACUGCACUGCCAGGAUCUGACGACAAGCUCGUGCGGCCGACUUCGUCUGUAUCUGCAAAUUCGAUAGAGGUACAGACAGAUAGGAGUGCAAGGCUGCCAUCUUACAAGCCAAUCGACAUAUUGCCCCUAUCGGUACAAGCGCUCGUGCCUGUCUCGUCUCCUGAGCAACCACACUCUGAGCUCAGAGGCAGCAAGGUCUCUCAGGCUUUGCUCAAACGCAAGUUCUCUCAAGUCGGCAGUGGCUCAACCCGACCGGCGCACGUUUCCCCGCCAAGUCAGAUCGUUGCUCUGCCUGCAGACAAACUGAUUGCACCGCACAUUGACUAUCGCAUCAACCAUAAGCAAGCCAUCCGAGCACGCGCCGCUGAGAUCUUCUCGGCUUCUGUACCAAAAGGCGUCUGGUGUCGCAAUCAUCGCAUGAGGGACUGUACUGUCUGCCCCGCAGUUCAACGCAGUCGGAUCCAUUCCACUCAAAAGACGCGCAAAGAUGCUGCAACGGGUCAAGUUCUGCUCGCUUCUCGUGCGCCCGGUGCUGGUCUUGGCAGUGCCGCCGCUUCGGAGACCCAUGCGCCAGGUACACAACGACUGCUCCUUGCAGAAAUCAUUCCCGAGUUUAUCAUAGUCUCAGAGGCGCUAUUCGGCGAACUAGCCGAGAUGAUGUCGCCGCCUACGCAACAUGCCGCAGAGGAAGGCACCAAACCAGAAUGGGAGCUCGAUCUCGAAGCUGGCGAGGACAGAGACGCAAUCAGAGACCGACAGCAAGAGAGCGCAAAAGCCAGCGCCUCACAGCUGCCGAAAGAGCCGCCAUCGCGGUCAGGACCAGCAGAUCGUGCAUACCAUGUCUAUACUGCAUGGUACGAUCUCUUUGCCAACUUGUCGACUCAGGCAAUGCUGCAAGGCUUCGUCAUGGAGUCAUGGAAAGGUUAUGAGGCAGGAGAACUCUUGCUGGGCGUCGGCUGUGGCGGCUGGCACGGCAGAGGCUGGGGUACAGCGUAUCGUGCUAGGGAGCCUCAACCUGCAUCGGAGUUGCUUGACUUGUCCGAAGAAGAGCAAGAGGACCUUGACGAGGGCAGCAAGCGAAGGCUGAAGAAAGAGGUCUACACUCAACGGGUCGUCACUGCUGCCAAGCUUCUGUUCGGCGUCCGCAAUAAUGCGCUCGCCCGAUACGAAACGAAGAUGCAUGACAGGACGCAAGAGUUCUUGACGGUCAAGGAGGGCUCAACAUUGGAAGAGCAUCUGGAUCAGCUUUGCGAGCAAUACUCGUACGCAGACUGCUUGGACGAACUCUCGCUCUUUUUGCAAAGCGCACAAGCAAUGAUGGGCAAGCCCGAGCUCGCAAAGUACGAAGCUUUGCAUAAGCUGAGAACCAAGGGCCAUGUCACACAAGUCAUGCCAGGCGUGACGACGUCACCCAUAACUCAGACAGUCUCUCUGUCUUCGAAUGAUGCGCUAUCAGAUGAUCGCGACAUCGAGCCACUCUUGCGCUAUGCGGGCUUGCAAGUGGAAGAGGAAGACCGCAAAUGAACACAUGC